AUUCUUUAUGGUUCGGCUCCUUCUUUGUCUCAUUUGCGGGUUUUUGGUUGCCUUUGUUACGCUCACAAGAUCGUAAUGGUGACAAGUUUACUGCCCGGAGUCGUCGUUGUCUAUUUGUUGGUUAUCCUUUUGGCAAAAAGGGGUAGAGUUUGUAUGAUUUGGAUCAUCAGAUUUCCUUUCUCUCGUGAUGUGGAGUUUCUUGAGGCUGAAUUCCCAUACCACUCAGACUCGUCUGAGCCAGAUUUUUUCCACCACCUCUUGUUGUGCCUGUUUCUUCUGAGCCGAAUGAUGAUUAGGAUCUUCUGGUUGUCUCUUUACCUCAUGUUUCUCCUAAUACUGGGUCUUCUGCUACUGAUAUGGACACGUCUGACGAUAGGGGGAUUCA